AUGGCUGGGUCAGGUGGUAGUGAUAUUCGGGCUCCAAUAUUCAAUGGUGACAACUAUGAAUUUUGGAAGAUCGGAAUGAGAACUAUUUUCAAAUCACAUGGAAUCUGGGAUCUAGUUGAAAAGGGUCUUGAAAUUCCAGAAUCGAAGGGGAAGAAGGUUGAUGCGGAAGGGUCAUCGGAAUAA